AUGGAUCUUGACCUCAUCAUCAAAAACGCCACCAUCGUCACUGCCACCGAAAUCCUUCAACCAGGUCUCAGCAUCGGAAUAAAAUCAGGCCAGAUCGUCGCCAUUGCCUUUUCUCUUCCAGCGGACGCCGAUACCCAAAUCAUCGACGCUGAGGGCGCAUACGUGACUCCUGGCGGCGUCGAUUCGCACGUGCAUUUACACCAAGACAACGCUCCGACAGGCGACAAAUGGCUCUCUGGAUCCCGCUCGGCGCUCUGUGGCGGAAAUACCACAAUUCUUGCAUUUGCGACUCAAAAGCGAACAGACGAGAGUCUGUUUCCUGUGCUAGAGGACUAUCAUUCCCGCGCAGCCGGCCAGAGUUUCGUGGACUACGGAUUCCAUUUGAUCCUCACUAAACCAAGUCCAGAAAUCCUGGGUCGGGCAUUGAAAAGAAUGGUUGAGGAGGAAGGCGUCACGAGCGUCAAGUUGUACAUGACCUACCCGGCCUUCAGAUUGGGGGAUAAAGAGAUGCUGGAGGUGUUGAUGAGGUGCAGAGAAGUAGGCAUGACGGUCAUGGUGCAUGCUGAGAAUGCGGAUAUGAUUGAUAUGAUAACGACUCGUCUCCUGCAAAACUCUCAUACACUUCCGAAAUUCCACGCCCUCGCGCGCCCUCAGAUCGCCGAGUCGGAAGCAACCCAUCGCGCCAUCUCGCUGUCCACCCUCACAUCCACGCCAAUCCUGAUCGUACACAUGUCCAGCCCCGUCGCCCUUUCCCAUGCAAGGAAAGCACAAUCAAAGUCGAUGCUGCCCAUCCACGCAGAGACAUGUCCGCAUUAUAUGUAUUUGCUAUCGGAGAGGCUGGCCGUGACCAGAUUUCCCGUCGUUGGUGAUGCCGAUGGUGGCCAUAGUCAUGAGCAUGGAGUGCACGGCGAGGAGAGUGGUGAUGGUGCAGAAGAUGAAUGGGCAGGUGCACGACACGUCUGCGCCCCUCCCCUCCGCCACGCCGAAUCCGAUCUGCAGAGUGUUUGGGACAGCGUGAACAACGGGACUAUCACGGUGAUUUCCUCCGACCAUGCCCCCACACAAUACAACAAUCCCCAAGGGAAACGAAAGCCCCUCGUGGAAGCACAAAAGAAUCAUUCAACGCCAACAUUCGCCCAAAUCCCCAACGGUCUCCCCGGCAUCGAGACCCGUCUGCCCAUCCUGUUCUCCGCCGCCACGGACCCUGACCCGUCCAUCCCCCCGGCAAGGAGACUGACGCUGCCAAAGUUCGUGGAACUGACCUCGACGAACCCGGCCAAAAUGUACGGACUCUCGGGCAAAAAGGGCAGCAUCGCCCCUGGCUACGACGCUGACCUGGUCAUCUGGUAUCCUUCCCGUCCACACGACCCGGCCGCCACCGCCUCGUUGUCAAACGACAAAAUCAAAGUCAACAUCACAAACGACAUGCUGCACCACAGCAUCGACUACACCCCCUUUGAAGGCUUCCAAGUGUGCAAUUGGCCCAGAUACGUCCUGUUGCGGGGUGAGCUCAAGUGGAAUCGCGAUAUCGAAGUGCGCGAGGGACCCGGUGCAGGAAUCCUGGGAAAACCCGGCGAUGGGAAGUUCUUGAGGAGAGGCAAAGGCGAGGUCCUCGUUGGACGGAGUGGGAUGGGGAGAGAGCCCGCGGGCAUGAGGGAUGGGGAGAGGAGCGCUUGGAUGUAA